AUGAGCUCGAGUCUGGUCAACCGAUUUCGGGACCUCGAGUCUGAGAUCAAAGAGCUUUGUAAAAUCUGCGGUACACCUGGAGUCUCUGUGGGGAUAAGCCUACGUGGAGAAAAUAUCUAUCUUUUCAAUAGCGGCUUUCUCGAUAUUGAAAAGCAGUUACCCACCCACUCAGACGGUAUCUAUGCCCUGGGAACACUCGCCAAAACGUUCACUGCAUCUGCCAUCGGUCUACUGGUGGCUGAAGGCAAAGUGAAAUGGGAUUCGCACAUCAAGGACGUCCUGCCUAACUUCCGAAGCAAAGACGCUAUAGUUACCGAAAAUGUGACAAUCGAGGACCUGCUUUGUCACCGAAGUGGAUUAUCAAGAUCAAACCUCUGGUGGUUGGGCUCAGAUGGACAGUUGCUGUUGCCCAAAGAUAAGUUACUAGAUGCAUACCGCAAUCUAGAACUCACUGGUUCAUUUCGCGGAAGCUGGGGCUACAGCAACUGGGGCUAUGCGAUUGUCGGAGAGGUCAUUGAAAAGUUGACUGGAAUGACUUAUGGACAAUUCAUAACCACACGCAUCAUCGAGCCUUUGGGACUCCGCCAUACGACGGCUCAGCCUGUCGAUGUUGCAGGAGAUAAUUUAGCCAGACCAUAUGCCGCUCUCGACAAUGCCGACCUUUAUCCCCUUCCGCAAACACCCAUCAGCGAAAGGACAAUCAUGGCGCCUGCAAUGGGUCUUCACUCCAGCCCACACGAUCUCCUGACCUAUUCCAUCGCCCUUCUCAGGUCCCUCAGAUCUGAGCAGGGACAGGCAACUAAUUCGUCCCCAAGCGUUCUCCGCGAAGUCACUGCGCAACUCUCUGGUCAUGCCUUCGUCUCCAGAUCCGUCAAUGAAAAGUCCUACGCCUUCGGCUUCUACCGCACCGCUCUGCCUAGUACCAUUGCCGGCAUGGGCUGUAACGGUUUCCACGUUAAAACGCUGCCAAGAAUCGUUCCCGGUGUUCAGUGCGGCCCCCUCAUCGCCCAUGCGGGCAGUGUACCCGGCUAUAGCAAUUCUCUCGCACUGCUACCCGAGUUGGACGCUAGCGUUGUCGUGUGUACCAAUUCCAUAGGGCUAGGCGAUGCGUCGGGCUGGAUUGCGAUGGCACUGAUCGAGGCACUGAUUGAGUCGCCGGUGCCGACAGACUUUGUCGCUUAUGCAAAGGAGGCUGCAAAGAACCAUGCGGAGAGUAUUCGCGUAGCGAGGAGUAAAUUAGAGAAGGUAAGAGCGCCAGAUACAAAGCCCAAGCCGCUGGAGGUAUAUGUCGGGUCAUACCUCAAUGAAGAGCACGAUUGGGUCAUUGUCGUUCGACAACGGCAAGCUGGGGGGUUGGAAGUAUUGUUCCAAGGAUUGGAGAGUCAGGCUUGGCUGUUAACACACUAUGAGCAUGAUACAUUCUUGUGGAUGGCGGAUCGAAAUGAGCAAGCGAAGCGAGGGCGGGUCACUACCUAUGUUCAGGCAGAUAGCUUCAAGUUGAUCUUUGGGGGUGCACACGGCAAGAUUGAUAGGCUGUAUUGGCCCCAGGAGGCGGGACUAGCUUUGGACAAACAGUGCUUUCUAAGAAUGUGA